UAAUCACCCCUUAGUAUGUUAUCAUUAUUUCCAAUGACGAUUGUAAUAGUUAAAACAUGGUUCAAUAUUUUUGCCUUCUCUCGUACUUUAAUAAUUUUUUGUUUUACUGUAGAGAAGGAAAAUAAAACAAGUUCUUGCACAUCGGAUGGAUGCGCACAUUGGAUGGAUACUAGUUCACAAAUAUCGCAGAAAAACAAUGACGUGUCAGAUAUUAAUUUAAUUUUGGAAUGCAAGAGUGCUCUUUUAAACAACACAAAAAUUACUGAUGAUGGCAAAGAUCUAUGGUGUUCAUUGGAAAGUUUACCUGGAUUAUACGCAGUUUGUCAUGAAACAUUGGUUUUGUUUGCAAAUCGAUACCAUGACUGGGAAGAAAAAAAUGAAGUAUCUGAUUAUAAUAAAUUACAUGGACUUAACGACGGCCUAAAAACAUUGAAGGAAUUGCGUCGAAUUGUAUUGGAUUUCGGACUGGGUGACAGCAAAUCACUUCUUAAAGAAGUUAGUAAGCUUUUAAACGAUGAAUCAUUGAUCAAUGUCAGACCUGGCUACUCACCGAAUCGAUACGUAUCAAGUGCUGUUAAAGUGUGGGAUCCUCUAGUUACUGAAAAAAUGCUUAAAGAUAAAUUACUCAAUGAAGCGUUGAUCAAAAAGUAUUUUGAACUUAUCCUUCCUGAUAUUGUCAUAAAUGGAACUAUAUUAAGUGACACGCUUUUACGUCAAAAACCACGCCCCUAUACAUCAGUUAGGCUACCGUUAUUAAAUGAUAGAAUGAAUAUAUUCUGGAAACAGUCAACUGACCAAUCCUUGGUUUUGCCACCUAUUAAUUUGUCCAAAAAUCAUUGUCCAAAAACAGAUAGUUUUAAGGAAGAAAUUGCAGAACUUGGUACUUUUACGAAAGAAUUGCCACAAGAAACAGGAACUUCCAAGUCAGUCCAAUUAAAUCUACUAGAAGGUGAUACAAUGAACAUAUUAUGCAAACAAUCAGCUAAACAAUCUUUGGUUUUACCACCAAUUGAUUUGUCAAAAAAUCAGUAUCCAAAAACAGAUGGUUUUAAGGAAGAAAUUGCAGAACUUGGUACUUUUAAGAAAGAAUUGCCACAAGAAACUCUUCAGUCAUUCCAAACCAGCGAUACAGCAGAAAUCUUAGAACAUAAUAUAAACAAAGAAGUCUUUAAUAUUGAAACAGAUUCUCAAAUUUCUUCCUAUACAUUUUUAAAUCUAAGGCAAAAAAUCGAUAUCCUUUUGACGGAAGUUAUUGAUCAGUUAAAACUUGGAAUUGAUGUAAUCAUGGAGAAAAAAGAUCCUUCCUCAACAAAGAACUUUAGCAAAUAUAAUAGAUUAUCAAAAUCAAUUUCCAAGCCAGAAAGAUUGGGUUUCAAUAAACAUUUUUUCAAUCAGAAGAACUAUACCAAGAGAAAUUUAAGUUCUAAAAUUCUGAAAGACUUUCCAAAAACAGAAAUAAAAAAUGUAGCAUUGCCAGCUUCUAGACACCCAGCACCCAAAUUUGUUUAUCAACCUAAAAGACUAGUUUCUUAUGCUAGUCUGUCCAACAAUGGAUUAAGUGUUCAUAAAACAAAAGAUAAAUAUAUUUCUAGAGAAAGGAACAUCCAAAUUGAAGGACAUACUGUUUCCUCAAAAACAUCCGGUGAACUCUUUUCACAAAAUACAAAUAUUUUAGACGUUUCUGCAGGAGUAUCACGAGUUCUGGCACCUGAAAGGUACCAAAAUAAGCAUAGCGUUUAUUAUGACCACAAAGUUGAAGAUCCUAUAUUGGAUUCUGCUAAAAGUAGUGCAACAGACUUAGAUGUUAUGUAUGUUAAUCCAGAGUUGUAUAAAAUUUAUGACAACUGUAACGGGUUUAAUACCAAAGUUAGUUCCACACACACAAUAGAAUUACACGACACCUACAAUGACCAAGAUGACAUGGUACACGCUCCACAACAACCUUCCCACAAUCCUGGAAAUGUAGUAAUGGAUGAUGAUUACAUUAGUAUGCAGGACAAAGACGAUGCGCAUCAACAAAUAUACCCACCUCAUCUAGAUGAGAUCUACAACAGAAUGCUCUUUAAUACUACCCUAUCACGUGAUCUCUUGUCACUGGUUGUUUCCGAUGUAUUAUCCAGACAUGAUUCAGGAAAAUGUUUUCAACAAGACCUGAAUAACGUUAUUACAGAAUUAAAAUUCAUCUUAAAUGGUUUUUCCGAGGUGAAAUCUUACGAUCCAGAACAGAAAAAAAGCAACCAGAACGAAGACGAGGCUGCUAAAUGCAAGUCAACAAUCGACGAAGGUCUGUUUCACAUUGAAGAAAAUUCACCGGUGCAGUAUAACAAUGUUGGUGAGGAGCAAAACACAUCAAAACGUUCUUUACCUCCAGAAAAGCCAUUCAAAACUUUAAAAAAUGAACAGGACACUCAUAUCCAUGAGAAAGAUCCUGUUGAUAAAGUGGAGAGGUCUGCUUUUUCCAAGACGUCUUGCAAUGUAUCUAGUAACCAGAAUGAUGCAGCGAAGGUUUCACGUACUGAAUCUGGAUCAGGAACCCCUUUUAUUGACACAGACCAGCCGCUCACACAAAAACCUUUUGAUCAGGAGGCCAAUCUUGCUGCCAAGCUGUCAAAUUUUCAAGAAAGUGACAUGCAUGAUAUGCGAGAAGCAAUUCCUUCUGAUACACUGUUUCAGAAUGUUAAACAUAUGGAAGUGAAGGCGAAGAAAACAAGAGAAGAUGAUACAACUAGCUUUCAACAUAAUACACAGCACGAUUUUGAAGAGAGUGGGGAAUCUGAUAAAAAGGUUUACGCGAGAGAUACAACUUCCAAACUUCCUUACGAAAAACAUCACAGUCAACUUCUUCAUACAUUUGAUAAACGUGAAACUGAAGCACAUGUCAGGGAGAUAGUGAGUAGAAAUAAAAAGGUAGUAAGUAUUGGUAGCAAGGCUGUUUUUGAAAAUGGAAAACAGAAAGCAAUGACAAGACGGGUUGCCGCAAAGUUAGUUACGAGUAAAUCUAAAAAGUCUCCACCCUUUCAUGCAGGUAUUGUGAAGGAAGAGAAGCCACUGGUGUUGCAACAGAAUGUGGUGAAAAGACAUCAGCAAAAACAAAACGUUUCUUCCAACAAAAUUAGGAAUGCAAAAGGCAAACCCGUAAAGAUAACUGCCACCAGAAGCGUGAACUUAAAAUCCAAAAGAACUUCAAAAGUUACUUCUAAUGAUGCAUCAUCAAUCCAUUCACCGGUACACGAACACGAAGAAAGUAUGUUCACAAUUGCACCAUCUUCGCCAGGGAGAGUCAGUAUUGACUCCCACGUUGUGCAGAGAUCACCAGAAAUCUUUGUUGAAGAAGAUAUAACAGAGUUCGUACCUAAACAAACGAAAUUUUUUAAAACAUACACGACGGAGAUUUGUGUUGUGAAGGAGACUAUUUCAAAAUAUCCAACAAGCAACAAGGCAGAACAACGUCGUAGAAAAGCCGAAGCUCGUCGUGCCGAAGUUGAGCGGAAACGCAAGGAAAAAGAACUGCAAAGGUUGCAAGCUAUCGAAGAACAGAAGCGACAAGAAAAACUUCAACGAGAAUUUGAAGAAGAAGAAAAAAGAAAAAGAGAAGAACGUUUAGCUGAGAUGUUAUUAAAAGAAGAAAAAAGAAAAGCUGAAGAAUUGAGAAAAUUACAAGCAGAAAAAGAAGCCGAAAAGCAAAGGCAUAAACGACUUGCUGAAGAGGAGGCGGCCCGACAAAAAAUCGAGAAGUUAAUCGCUCAAAAACAGGCCGAGGUUGAGUUUAAACGAGAGCAAGAACGACUUGCUGCAGAAAUCGAAGCUGAUUUAUUACGCAAAGAACAGGAAUUCUUAGAAGGUCUGGAUGAAGAAUCUCGCGCCUUCUACGAACGAGAAAAAGCGCGCGACGAAGAAGAAAAAAGAAUCCAGGAAGAAAAGCGAGGACGAGAAAUGUCGUUGAAACGAAAAGAAGAGGAGGAGAAAAGACAACGGGAAAUGGAAGAGUUAGAAUUGCUUCAUUUAAAAAUGUUAAGAAAGCGCUUCUUCGCAGGCGGUGUAAGGCGGACAGAUGAUGUUUUGAUUUUCAAUCAGAAAGUAAACCGUUCAUUUACUUACUCCUACAACGAACUUCUACCUAUCAUUUUACACACAUCCGUCAUGCCUGUUACUAGUAGCAACAAGAUGUUACCAAGCCUGUCCGAUCUGUUGACUUCGCUCGAAAAUGAAGAGCAAUGAAUCUCUAAAGAAUUUUAUGUCAACUGUCGUCACCUGUAUCCUUUUAAUUUAAUACACUCAGUUCUUUUUUUCGAUAUGGAUUUCAAAAUUUGUUCGCCAAAUUAGUCCUCAAAUGUCAAAUUCUUAUUGUCACUAUCAAAUCAGCUGAUUUUGACAAGAUAUGUGUGUCAAUAUUUUUAUUAUUCAAAAUCUUUAUAUUUUAUUGUAUUUUUUUAAUAUUUGUUUCACAAAAUAUUUUUAAUUUAUUUAUUUUUUGUCAUAGUAAAAUCAUGCAGUCAGGACUCACUUGAAAGACUUUGACGCUUUGGAAGUACAGGUUUAAACUUCGAAGACAAAACUGGGUUGCUUUGUUGAAUUUAUCGAUCAUUUGCUGUUUUUGUAGGCUGGCUUACAGCGUACACAAUUUGUCAGUCACUUCUUACUGACUUUAGAUAAUCAAAUUACUUGUAACCUUGAAAAUAUUUAACAUAGCGUCUCUUCUUAUAUCCAUAAACAUAAAGUUGUAGACCUUAGAGAAACUUGAUGUUGCGAAAUAUGUAGCCAGGUUGCCGAACUACAAUGUUAAUUUUUAGUUGGUGCGGGAAAAAGUGUUAUUUUCUAAUACUAUUUAUUUUAUACUAAAUUGUAAAUAUUUAAUAUAUAUUUUCUACUAAUCAUAUAGAACUUAUUUAUGUUCAGUUAUUUAGAAGAAAUAAUUUGAGUUUUGUUCAUAUUUACGAUGGCCCCAUAUGGCUCACUUUAAAGGAUAACUGUAAUUUCGUCUACUGUAUAUGACAUUGAAUAUGCAUGAGAUACACAUAUAAAUUUUAACCUUUUUAACAACUGUAAGAAAAUAUAACAACAAAA